AUGACUGAUCCAAUAGUAAGUAAUUUGUACUGUUUCAGUGUCUACCUUCCUGCAAGAGGAGUGACCUAUCUCACAGAGGAGGCUAUGCGUUAUGGAACAAUCUUUGUGCCUUCCUUGUGUGCUCAUCCGAACAAAUCACGCAUAUAUCUCAAACGCGCCCACAACGUCUACAAUUUAGGAGAUCAGGUUGAAGUGCAAAUAGAUCUGUAUGAUAUGAAUGGUAACCGCAAGAGGACUGGAGGCGAUUUCUUGAGAGUUUGGAUGGAGAAACCAGAGAGAGCAGCUUCCAUUUCCGGUCGGGUGGCGGACCUCAAUAAUGGAAGUUAUACUGCUUUGCUUAAAGCUGCAUGGCCAGGAAGAGCAACAAUUAAGGCAUUUAUUGGUACGAGAAGGGAAGAAAUCGUUCUCAACUACAUGAUAUACCAAAAGCAUUGCAGUCUCUGGACACUCUUUGCUGAAUAUCGAGCAAACAAUCUCACAGAUGCAACACAGUGCUCAGUUAGGCAAGAAAAAUCCUUAAAGAACGAAUUGUGUAAUUUCACGAAUGAGAACGAUGGAUACACCUAUUACUGCAGGAAGUCAAAAAUCAAACAAUCCGUGGCGAAUCCCCAAAACGAUAUUUUACAGAGUUCAAUGAAUGUGUCUGUCAAAGGAGCUUCUAAUGAUAUGGAACUGACGGCUCCUAGGACUCCCUGCAGCAAGCUGCCAUCGGUGAUAACAUGGCAACAAGAGUCGCCAAAUGGCUUCUUUCUCAAGAAUAAGUGGCAUUCCCUGUUGUGUACGGACACUCUCCCCCGCACCAUUGAUGCUUACAGACAAUGCUUGAGAGGAAAGACGCUCUGGCUUCAUGGGGACUCAACAAAUUUCUGGGACUUGACUAUGGCUAAACCAUCCCAGGAUUUCCACCCAGCGGUGGACACAGUGACGGAAAUGGUGCACAACAUGAUGUCAUUUCUGUGCUUUAGAAAAUGA